AUAUGCCAUUCUUCCGUUCAACUGUGCCAUCGCGUUCUGGACAUCAUCGCAUCCUCCCUUGGGAUGAAUGCUGCUCGGGGGCAUUCCUCGAUAUGAAAAAGGCGGAUAUCAUAUCAUCUACAGACUUCUCAUCCUUAACCGCUACCAAGGCUAGCACGUACUUUACAGUAUGGGUCUGUUCACUCACAAGGCGGCACAGAUGUCCAUCAGGGAAGCGUCUUGAGUCCGUUACUGUAUUCAGUACAUUACUGAUAUACCUUCCCAUACCGACAGGCUAUAUGAAGACACUGCCAUUCUGCACCAAAGACUUACAGGCGGAGGAGUUCAAGACCUUCAGCGCUGCUUGAAUGUCUGAGAAUAUUCAUACCUGUGAAAAGAUGUCAAUACUUCAAGACGUUAUCCUAUAUGUCUAAAUGAACUAAAAAGCCAAUAUUGUCACUUGUAUUCUAGUUAUUUCUCUUUUCAGGUUACUUUCUCACUUUAUUCCACAAAAUCUAUUCACGUCUAUCGAAG